CGCCCGAGGGGUGGGGUGGGGGUGCACUGCUUAUAAGGCAGCGGGGACAAUUUCCUCGUCAGUCCUCUCCCUCCCGCUCAGCUCCUCUCCCACCCCGCCCCUCCUCCGCAUUCAUCCCUGAGUGGCUGGGGGAAACGUGCAGGGAGAGAAGCCAGAGAGAGGUGUGGGGAAAGUGAAAACAGGCUGCCCAAACCAGGGCAUUCCCCCCAUUUUAAAAAAAGGAAGUCUGCUGACGUCCGCCAGUUAGUUUUAACAUCCUUUCGGGAGCAGCCUUUGUCUUUGGAAACAACAAUGAACUUUGCGGAGGGAGACGACUCCAAGAGAUACUGCAUUAGAGGGAAACAUGUGGCCAUCAUCUGCGCGGUGGUGGUGGGUGUAGGCUUGAUCGUAGGACUCGCUGUUGGCUUGACCAGAUCGUGUGACCCCGUGGAAAAGGUCCCCACCCAGGGGCCCCCCACCCAGGGGCCUCCCACCUCGGGCCCUCCCCAGGACCAGGGGGUCUGCCCCGCCAGCGAGGAUGAGAGUGGGGGCUGGAAGAACUUCAGGCUCCCGGACUCCAUCAGCCCGGUGCACUACGACCUGGAGGUGAAGCCGGUGCUGGAGCAGGACACGUACACGGGCACCGUGACCAUCGCCAUCAACGUGAGCGCGCCCACCCGGCACCUGUGGCUGCACCUCCGCGAGACCAAGAUCAGCCGGCUCCCCGUGCUGCGCGGGCCCUCGGGGGCGGCGGUGGGAGUGCAGCGCUGCUUCGAGUACCGAAAGCAGGAGUACGUGGUGGUGGAGGCCGACACAGAGCUGGCCCCGACCCGCGGCGAGGGGCCCUUCUACCUCCUGACCCUGGAGUUCGCCGGCCAGCUGAACGGCUCGCUCGUGGGCUUUUAUAGGACGACCUACGUGGAGAACGGGCAGAUCAAGAGCAUAGCAGCCACUGAUCAUGAACCAACAGAUGCCAGGAAAUCCUUCCCUUGCUUUGAUGAGCCCAACAAAAAGGCAACUUAUACAAUAUCUAUCGUCCACCCCAAAGACUAUCAGGCACUUUCAAAUAUGCCAGUGGAGAAAGAAGAGUCAGUGGAUGACAAAUGGAAACGAACAAUUUUCCAGAAGUCUGUCCCCAUGAGCACUUACCUGGUGUGCUUUGCUGUGCAUCAAUUUCACCCCAUAAAGAGAACAUCAAAGAGGGGAAUACCUCUUACUGUAUAUGUCCAGCCAGAGCAAAAGCACACAGGUGAAUAUGCUGCCAACAUAACUCAAAUUGUGUUUGAUUAUUAUGAAGAAUACUUUGCUAUGGAGUAUGCUCUUCCUAAAUUAGAUAAGAUUGCUAUUCCAGACUUUGGCACUGGGGCCAUGGAGAACUGGGGACUCAUCACGUACCGGGAAACCAACCUGCUGUAUGACCCCCUGGAAUCAGCCUCGUCCAACAAGCAGAGGGUUGCCACUGUGGUUGCCCAUGAACUUGUGCAUCAGUGGUUUGGAAAUACUGUGACCAUGGAUUGGUGGGAAGACUUGUGGCUGAAUGAAGGCUUCGCUUCCUUCUUUGAGUUCCUGGGAGUAAACCAUGCAGAGGGAGACUGGCAGAUGCGGGACCAGAUGUUACUUGAAGAUGUACUACCUGUACAAGAGGAUGAUUCUUUGAUGUCUUCACACCCCAUUGUUGUCACCGUGUCAAAUCCUGCUGAAAUAACAUCUGCUUUUGAUGGAAUAUCCUACAGCAAGGGAGCUUCCAUUCUGAGAAUGAUUGAAGACUGGAUAACACCAGCGAACUUUCAAAAAGGAUGUCAGAUUUAUUUGAAAAGAUACAAAUUUGAGAAUGCAAAAACUUCAGAUUUUUGGGCAGCACUUGAAGAGGCAAGUAAUCUGCCAGUGAAAGAAGUGAUGGACACCUGGACCAAACAGAUGGGUUAUCCUGUCCUUGAUGUGAGUGAUAUGAAGAAUAUCAAACAGAAACGCUUUCUAUUGGACCCAAAAGCUAAUUCUUCUCUGCCACAUUCAGAGCUUGGUUACACAUGGAAUAUUCCAGUUAAAUGGAGUGAAGAUAGUGGCUCAAAUAUUACAUUCUACAAUAGGUCAGAAACAGGAGGAAGCUUUGAACCCUUUUCCUUCCUUAGAGCUCAACUUCUAGAUUAUAAGGUGGCUCUGAACUUGACCAAGUAUCUCAAAAUGGAAAAGGACUUUUUACCAUGGCAGAGAGUUAUUUCAGCUGUAACCUAUAUCAUCAGCAUGUUUGAAGAUGAUAAAGACCUAUACCCUGUGAUUGAGGAAUACUUCCGAGGUCAGGUGAAGCCGGUUGCAGAUGCUCUGACAUGGGAUGACACUGGAGACCACCUCACAAAGUUACUCCGCGCCUCCGUGUUAGGGCUCGCAUGCAAGGUGGGAGACCAAGAAGCCUUGGGCAACGCUUCCCAGUUAUUUCAGCAGUGGCUCACUGGGACUGUGAGGAUUCCUGUAAAUCUCAGGCUUCUGGUAUAUCGUUAUGGGAUGCAGAACUCUGGCAAUGAGGCUUCAUGGAACUACACUCUUGAUCAAUAUCAAAAAACUCCAUUAGCUCAAGAAAAAGAAAAGCUGCUGUAUGCAUUAGCAUCUAUCAAGAAUGUUACUCUUCUGUCAAGGUAUUUGGACUUGCUCAAGGACUCAAACCUUAUUAAAAGUCAGGAUGUGUUUACAGUCAUCCGAUAUAUCUCAUAUAACAGCUAUGGGAAGAGCAUGGCCUGGAACUGGAUACAGCUCAACUGGGAAUAUCUAGUCAACAGAUUCACACUCAAUGACAGAACCCUUGGCCGGAUUGUCACAAUAGCAGAGCCAUUCAACACUGAACUCCAGCUCUGGCAGAUGGAGAGUUUCUUCAAAAAAUACCCAGAAGCUGGAGCAGGAGAAAAACCUAGGGAGCAAGCGCUGGAAACAGUGAAAAACAAUAUUGAAUGGCUAAAGCAAAAUAGGAAGAGCAUAAGCGAAUGGUUUGGGGCAUUACCCAGGAGUGGAUAAGGUGUUCAAAUAGCAUUUUAAUUCUGUAAAUGUCUUGUUUCUACUAUUAAGCAUUUGGUGACCCAAUUUACAAGCUCUGUGGAGGAACCUUAUACACAGAUACUGCUUUCACUAAGGAAUGUACUCAGGGAUUUCUUCUAAGUGUACUUCAUAGGAGAUUUCUUUACCAAUGGAAGAGAAUUUAAUAGCCAUUGGAAAUGUCUUUAAAUAUCACUCUUUGUAUCUUAAGUCUGUGAAAAUAGAACAAUUUGGUCCUAGCUUUACAUUUUUAGUGCCAAAGAAACACCACUAAUCUUUUCUCUUGAUUGAUUUUUAAAGUUUGAAUACCAGUAUUUGAGGGACCAAUAUUACCAUCUUAAACUUCAUUUUAUGAUUCAGAAUUAUACAGAUCUAAUACCAUUUUAUUCACAUAUGUCUUAUUCCUUUAAAUCCUACCAAAGUAACUGGGCUUAAAUUUUACUUAAGAAUUGUAUAAAUUAGCCAAAGAAAUGGCUGACUGUUGCCGUUGCUCUUGUAAAAUCAACGAGAACCCUCUUCUCCUUUUUAAAAUAAAUCUGAAUGAUUACCUUGAAAAAAAAA